ACAAAAUGGCUGCUCGUGGCCCUGGUCAGCAUCAGCUAUCUGGCAGUAGUGACUCCAUCAUCAGACAUCAUGAAGAAGCUAUCGAUUGGUUUCACCAAGGUUAUCAACGAAUGUAGAGAAGAGCUGGACGCCGGCGAGCACAUAAUCAAGGACAUCGAGAACUACUGGCGGGAGGAGUACGCCCUCCUCAACCGGGACUUCGGCUGCAUGGUGAUGUGCAUGGCGGGGAAACACGACAUGCUGAAUGAUGGCGGCACCGGCAUACACCAUGACAGCGCGACCGAGUUCGCCAAGAAACAUGGGGCUGACGAAGAUGUGGCGAAGCAGGUGGCAACGAUGAUCUUGGACUGCGAGAAGCAGUUCUUAGAGAUGAGCGACACGUGCAUGCGGGCGCUGGAGACGUCCAAGUGCUUCCGCACCAAGAUCCACGAGCUCAAGUGGGCACCCAGCAUGGAGGAGAUCCUAGAGGAAGUUAUGUCCGAGGUAUAAUCAAGGACGCCGAGGACUUCCCUGACAACCACUGCCUUCCUACCAGACCU